AUGUCUUCCAACACCAUCACCCCCGAAACCACCAUCGUCCUCGUCACCGGCGCCAACCAAGGCAUCGGCCUCGAGGUUGUCAAGAAGCUUACGGCUGAGCAUCCAGACUACCACGUCAUUCUCUCCGGCCGCCGCCCAGACGCCGUGCAAGAGGCCGCCUCCUCCUUCCAGGCCCAAGGCCUCCGUGUCUCCCCCCUCGUCCUCGACAUCACCUCAGACGAGAGCAUCGCUGCUGCAGCCAAGUCCAUCCAAGACACCUACGGCCGUCUUGAUGUUCUCAUCAACAACAGCGCCAUUUCGGGCCUCAGCUUGAACGUUUCUCCCCGCGCUCGCAUGCAGACCGUCUUCGACACCAACGUCAUCGGCACUAGUCUCGUCACAGACGCCCUGCUCCCGCUCCUCGAGCGCUCGAACAAGACGCGCCGCAUCGUCUUUGUCACCUCCGCCCUCGGCAGCCUGGCCCAAAAGGCUGACCCGGCGUCUGGCCUUCACAAGCCUGACUAUGGCGUCUACACGUACAGCAAGUCGGCCUUGAACAUGAUGGCCCUUCACUACGCCAUCAGAUAUGAAGACGAUCCGCAGUGGAAGAUCAACAUUGUCUGCCCGGGACACCACUGCGGGACCACACUGAAUGGAUUCCGGGGAGCUGAGGACCCCAGCCUUGGAGCUGUCAGCAUUUGCCAAGCUGCCACUCUUGGAGCGGAUGGCAAGACGGGCACAUUUACGGAUGACAAGGGCACCAUUCCUUGGUAG